AUGGCUCCUGAACCAGUUUACGGAUCCCCAGAAUUUUCCGGAGACAUUUCACUCGACUGGACAGAAUGGCUCAACUAUAUUUAUGCAGUUCAAUGGUCAGUAUUGAUCGUCCGAUUCGUUGUUAUACACCUAACGAUGGUUGUAGGUACUCGAAUCUUAGCCAUAGGCAUGUUUCCACCAGGAAAUGAUUCGUUGACUGCAAAUUACUCUAUCGACGGUGGUCAACCAACCUUGAGCUCAGUGCCUUUUAUCUCACAAAGCACCUCGUUAUUGUACCAGCAAUUCUUUGCGUCUCAGAACCUGUCGAGUGGGCUUCACAAUAUCACUAUCACCAUUUUGGAGACAGGCCCUAGUCGUAAUUAUUCCUUUCAAUCUUUCACCGUCUUUCAAGAUAUCGCCGAGGGCGGUUCGAAUACUAAUAGCCCCCACGAGCUUGACGGUGCAUCCGAUACAAAUAUUGCAGCGAUUGUCGGUGGUGUGUUGGGAGCUGUCAUAGUUCUUCUCUUCUGUCUUCUAGGCUGGUCCCAUUUUAAGCGAAGGAGAAUGUCUCUACUUCGGAGAUCGACUGGCACAGAUGAAUCGGUGAACUCUGCCUCAGGCAUUAAUCCCUUUAUGCUGCCCCCAGUCGGUGUCGUAGAGCCGACAGUCGAGUGUACAAACUUGCCUCAGAGCGUAUUCAGUUGCACAAAUGCCAUAUUCAAUAGCAAGGGCCUCAUUCGUAAAUUCAGACGAAGCUAUUGGCGAUCGUCCAGUGGUAAAGAACGCCUCCUACUAACUGAACGGGAAGCGCCACCUCAGAAGGCAGUCGGUGUAGUCAGUUCCGCUCCUCUUGUACUCGUCAUCUGGACCAUUGCUUUGCGAGAGAUUAUUGCAAAAAAGUUACCAUAUGCACAUGUGAAGAACGCCAGAAUUGCGAUUCGUACAAGUAUAGAACAUCAGCUGCGUCGAUUCCAGGCGAAAACCAGUCAAGUUUUCUGUGAGACGUUUGAGACGUGCAUUUGA